GAUCGGUGGUGCAUGGCACUGCAAAGAAGAUAUGGUAUUCCUCGCCUUUAGUCGGGAGAGUUUGGUCAGUUUGGCUUUAGCCGUUAUUGCAUGAUGUUCUUCAUCAAUCACGUUCUUAAACGCUCUGUGUGCGUCCCUCAUACAGUGAAUUGCUUGGUUGAUAUUUUAGCAAAACUAUACUCAAGUAGACUCGUAUAAUAAUGUUAAUUGCUUAAUAAUUAUUAACUGAGAACUACUUUAAUAAUACUUUAUGAAAAAUUAAAUAGCAGCAUUUCAUGAUUUAAUCAUGCACUAUCUUGAAACGGAGCCAUAGGCUUUGACCGAGUUGAGUCGGUGGGUGAAGUCGAGAAGAAGGAACGCGGGAAACCGGCAGUUAAAAGCAACCAGAAUGAUCUCAUUCGUUAUUCUUAUCGAAGGAAAAAAAAACGACAUCGUUUAUGUUCCUAUUUAGCAUUUAGCUUAGCGCCUUUCUAAUCCUCCAAAACUAGCCUUCCUUUUUCGAUCAGCCUGAAAAAAAGAGCACUGCCCGACCACGCGGAGACUCAUUCUUGCGGACACGCAUUACUACAGUGUCUCCUCCUCCUCCUCCUUUGGAUUCUCCGGAUCUUCUACUCCGGUCAACAGAUCUCCCGAUUUCCACCGAAGAGGUACUUUCCCUUUUUCUUAUUCUAUCAAUUUACUCCGCCUCAAUUUCAAUUCCAGUAUCAAACACUUUGAUAAGAAAUGACGACCAGCACCAUCCGCAAAGCGAUCGGCGCCGUCAAAGAUCAAACUAGCAUAAGCAUUGCCAAAGUCGCCGGUAAUAUAGCGCCGGACCUUGAAGUUUUGGUGGUUAAAGCUACCAGCCAUGAUGAAGACCCUGCUGAUGAGAAGUACAUUAGAGAGAUCAUAAACCUUACUUCUUAUUCUAGGGGUUAUGUUGGUGCCUGUGUGGCUACUGUAUCUAGACGCCUAAGCAAAACCCAUGAUUGGAUUGUGGCUAUCAAGGCUUUGAUGCUUCUCCAUAGGCUUCUGGUUGAUGGGCACCCUUCAUUUGAGGAGGAGAUUGUUUAUGCCAGCAGGAGAGGGAUGCGUAUUUUAAAUAUGUCGGGUUUUAGAGAUGAGGCACACUCCCAUUCCUGGGAUCAUGCGGCGUUUGUCAGGUUUUAUGCAAUGUAUCUUGAUGAGAAACUUGAGGUUGCAGUUUCUGAGAGGAAAUCGAAAGCCGGUGAAAGGAAAUAUGAUGAGAGAGAUGAUGGGUUUGGACCGAGAGAACAUAGGGAUGAUUUUGAUUAUGGGAUGUCUAGGAGAUCAAGGUCUUAUGAGGAUUUGAAUGAUGAUUCAGUUGGAAAAGAACAGAGGAGAGAGGCUACUCCAAUUAGACAAAUGAGGCCAGAGAGGGUUUUGAGCAAGUUGAACCAAUUGUUGAGGAUGCUUGAUAGAGCUUUGGCUUGUAGGCCAACGGGCAUGGCUAAGAAUAGCAGGUUGGUGCUAGUAUCACUUUACAGGGUGGUGAAAGAGAGUUUUGGGCUUUAUAUUGAUAUAUGUGAGGCACUGGGGAUGGUAUUGGAUAGAUUUGCUGAGAUGGAGUAUGCAGAUUGUGUUAAGGGAUUUGAUAUGUAUGUUAGUGCAGCAAAGAUGAUAGAUGAACUUGUUGGGUUCUAUGGCUGGUGCAAGGAUAUUGGGAUUGCAAGAUCAUCCGAGUUCCCUGCCGUGCAGAAAAUUACCGAUCAGCUAUUGGGAACACUUGAAGGAUUUUUAAGAGAAAAGACUAACAAUCCAUCUAAGACUCCUGAGAGAAGUGAGGAGAAGAAGGUUCCAGUUAAGCAAGAACUGGAACCAGAUAUGGACCAAGUAAAGGCUCUUCCUCCACCAGAAAAUUAUACCCCUCCGCCCCCUACUGAGCCGCAGCCAAAGCCACAACCGCAGCAGGCGUCGGAGGAUUUGGUGAAUUUGAAGGAUGAUGCAGGUUCAGCUGAUGAUCAGAGCAACAAAAUGGCGUUGGCUUUGUUCUCCGGACCACCAAGUACCACUACAAAUGGUUCAUGGGAAGCAUUCUCAUCAAAUGGAGAUUCUGAAGUGACUUCAGCGUGGCGGACACCAGCUGCUGAAAGUGGUAAAGCAGAUUGGGAAUUAGCAUUGGUGGAAUCUGCUAGUAAUCUAUCCAAGCAGAAAGCUACUUUAGGGGGUGGUAUGGAUCCACUGCUCUUAAACGGAAUGUAUGAUCACGGGGCUGUAAGGCAACAUGUGAACACUACUCAAUUGAGUGGUGGGAGUUCAAGUAGCGUGGCAUUGCCUGGCCCAGGGAAGAAUGCAACACCAGUCUUGGCAUUGCCUGCACCUGAUGGAACGGUUCAGCCAGUGGGAAACCAGGAUCCAUUUGCUGCAUCGCUUGCAGUUCCACCCCCUUCAUACGUGCAGAUAGCAGACAUGGAGAGGAAGCAGCACUUGCUGGUUCAGGAGCAGCAGAUGUGGCAGCAAUAUGGAAGAGAUGGAAUGCAAGGCCAAUUGGGUUUGGCUAAUCUUAGCGGAGCCUCAGGGUACUAUGGCCCUAGUCCUCAACCUCCGAUGAUGCCUUAUGGGAUGCCACAGGUUACCGGUAUGGGACAGCCAGGAGGGUACUAUGCACACUAUUGAAGUUCUUCAUCUUAAUGACGUGCUGCUUCUUUCUGUUAUACAAAUUAUUACUAUUAUAUGCUUAUUUCCAACCUUUUUGAUAAGAGUUUAUAUACAUGUUCAAGGUGAAUACCGUUUUGCCAUUGUUCUGUGUGUAAUCAUUUGCAUCAGAUUAUGGCGAGAAACAUAAAGGUUUCAAAAUGGGUGUGCUGCAAUGGUGACAGGCAGUUGCUUUUGUAUCUUUUUGCCAUGAAUCUUAAUACGCUAAUAUAAAACCUUAAGGUAUAGUUCA